CUAUAUUUUACAAGGGCAAUCGAUAUGAAGAGAAAAAAUUUCUUUCUCUUUAAUCAUUCCUCCUCCUCUUCAACCACUUAUCGCUCCUCUUCACUCCUCCGACAGGCACAAAGACCUCCUCAACAACAACAGCAGCAACAACAACAGCAGCAGCGUAUCUAGGAAUAAGGCUACCGCAGCGACAAAAAGAAAGAAAGAGGCACCUGUGCACCACAACCACCGUUCGCAACUUAGAUAAUGCAGCCCACCCUCUUCUCCAACGUCAGAACAAACCUCUCACACUUGCCUCGGUCCAUUUCUCCGCACUUGGCCUCACCCGCCUCGCCUUCAUCUUCAUCGUCCUCGAUCCGCUCCCUCUCCCCAAGCCGCCACUCUCCACACUUACGCUCCAGAUCCUCCUCUCCUUCCCCAAGGAGGUUCGCUAGCGUACUCGCCUAUCACGCGACCCCUCCUCCUGACGGCUAUGGCAAGCGCAAGACGACCCCAACGGACGAACAACAACAACAACAACAACAACAACAGCAGCCAACACAGCAGCAGCAACACGGACAGCUAGACGGGGAGGACUUUGAGCCCAGUUUAAGAGAGCCAUUGCGUCGAAGCGCCAGCAGCAGAAGCAACAGAGACAGAGACGAGAGUCCAGGUCGAAUUGCCUUCAGAAACCUGGAAGAGUCUUGGAAGAGGUUCGAACUAGAGUCCUCAACUUCUGCGGCGUCGUCGCCUUCGCUUGGAUCGUCGCCUUUGCUUGGGUCGUCCAACUCAGCAAACGGAUCGCCCAGUUCCAGACCAGCUUCGCCCUCGCCUCUAUCUCGACCGCUGUACAGGGAAUUGAUUGAGUGUGCAUCGCUCAGAAACAGUGCAGCAGUCAAGGACGAUGAGACCGUCAAGGAUGUAGCAGUGCCUAAUGAACGCACAUCGAGUAGCACCGGCAUAUCUACGCCUAUCACAAAGAGCACCCACAGCGGAGGAGAGAAACCAUCAUCAGGUCCAAAAACCUUGUCACGGCCAUCAUCCUCAUCUUCGUCGUCGUCGUCAUCUUUGACGGGAGUGGCGACCCCUGGGGAAAUUGCCAGGACAGCAGACGAAUAUUUUCAACAAGCAGGACCCCCACAGGGAUACAAGAGUACGUUCUUGGCCUCAGAUGAAGCUCGACACAUUCUGGAUCUGCCCUCUCUCCUGGGCAAGGACCCCAACAUGAUUCCAGCAGUCCUAGCAGUACCUAUUCCACUUCAGCCCACACGACCUAGCAAGGGUCGUUCCUCAUCUGUGCCCUCCUCAACAGCUGCGGGCUCUACAGCAGGGCCAUCUAGUGAUCAGGAGGCGGACACACAGGCCUCGAAAGCGGUCAGUGAUCUGGAUGCCAAAGCCAGGUCGACGGCCAAGGCCAUGACCAAGCGAUAUGCGGCCAAGAACCUCAACAUGACUGAGACAGAGGCUCACCGCAUGGUCCAACUGAUGGCAGCUGAGAUUGUGGCGCUUCAUGAGGAGAGACAGGCGAUGGUGCGGAAGAUGGAGCAGGCCAAGCAGGAGAUGCUGGAGGCUGCCAGGUUGCUGAGGAUGAAGGCUGCGGGCGGUCCCCAGACUGGUACGAUGGGCGAGAAGCCCCAGGAUAUGUCGGACGAGGAAGAAGGGAGGCAAGGACUUGACGCCGGCUUGUAUGACAAGGACGAGUGGAGGAGAUGAAUGAAUACCGGCAUCGAAUCUUGAACUAGCAUCGGUGCCAAUAAAGUCUUUCGUAGUACAGGUACAAUCGAGCCGUUGAGUUAUGGCCCAUCCAUCACAUAUCGACCUCAUGAAACAAGGUCCAGUUCGACGCAGGGGUAUCCAGCGCAACACAGGGCUGAUUUUUGUUGUCCCAAUUCUAUUGGUCAUUAUAGGUGCGUAUCUUUAUUUCAUGGUCGUUGCAAUAUGCGGUUGAUGUGUGUUAUGUGCGUUCGUUUUCGUGAGGUUAGACUACAGGGAAUAUGAUAUAAUC